CGGCAUUUAAACCCCUACUUAUUUACCCUAACAACAACGAAUAAUUAAACUAAUAGCCCUGUAAACUCGGAACUAUCUUCAAGGAAAAAUGUCCCAUUUUGCCUCAAUAUUGGAGAACAUACGCAUGGUGGCCAUCAAAAGAAGCCCCAUUGCCCAACAAAAGCAAGUCCCCGUAGAACCUCAGCAAACACCAUCACCCAAACAUCAGCAAUGUCCCGUAACCCUAUUAAAUGAGGCAUCUCACAAUUGUGAUGGUGGCGGAGGAGGAGGCGGAGGGGGAGAAUCUGUCAUAGAUUCAAAAAUGCCGAAUGAUACCAAACAGACAAAAAUUGUGGCCAAUCAUCAAAGCUCGUCAGUUGGUAAAUCUUCCCAUAAUGCCAAUAACAUUUCCCACCGUCAUAAUUCCCAAAAUGCUGAGGAGCAACCCGAUAAAGCUCCUGCCAGUGGUGGUAGUCUGAGUAAUACCCCCAUUAAACAAUUGCAACAACAUCAUCAUAAACGUCAAAGUAUUUCGGGUCGCGGUUCUAUUGGUUCGGCGGAUGCUGCUCGCGGUUCACCCGGACGUGAACGUAACUCGUCGAGUCGUGGUGCUAAUGUCAUAGUGGAAAUCGAUUCGAGUGGUGCCCAAACCGUUGGCUCCAAAAACUCUUCGGGCGGUGGCAGUCGUGGUUCACGUGAACUUUCACCUACUCCCAAAAAUCAGCCGAGAAAAAUGUCCACCGAUUUUCGUGGUCGCGCUGGCAGCUUCAUACAUGUUGAUGAGGAAGGACGCAGUAUUUUGAUGCGUAAACCGGUGCGUUUGAAAAAUAUCGAAGGACGUCCUGAGGUAUAUGAUACGCUGCAUUUCAAAGGAAGAGAGAUUUUAGCCUGCUCCAAAUCAACAUGCAUGAGCAGUGUCAUGAGCAUUGGCACAGUGCCGGUGGAAGCGCGCAAAUCGGAUGUGGUCUUGGAUCAUGCCAAAGAUUUUCUGGAUCAAUAUUUUACCUCCAUCAAAAGAUUAUCUAGUGCUGCCCAUGAGACACGCUGGAAGCAAGUGCGACAGAGCAUUGAAACCUCUGGCCACUAUCAGCUGACCGAAACGGAGUUGAUUUAUGGAGCAAAAUUAGCUUGGCGAAAUUCAUCGCGUUGCAUUGGACGCAUACAAUGGUCCAAACUACAGGUUUUCGAUUGCCGUUAUGUGACCACCACCAGUGGAAUGUUUGAAGCUAUUUGCAAUCACAUAAAAUAUGCCACAAAUAAGGGUAAUCUAAGGUCAGCCAUAACGAUAUUUCCCCAACGCAGUGAUGGACGUCACGACUAUCGCAUCUGGAAUCCUCAGCUCAUUUCAUAUGCCGGAUAUAAGCAGGCCGAUGGAAAAAUUAUUGGCGAUCCCUUGAAUGCUGAAUUUACAGAGGCUUGCAUAAAACUCGGCUGGAAAGGCAAAGGCUCGGAAUGGGACAUAUUGCCAUUGGUGGUAUCAGCCAAUGGUCAUGAUCCAGACUAUUUCGAUUAUCCACCGGAAUUAAUUUUGGAAGUUCCAUUAAGUCAUCCAAAAUUCGAGUGGUUUGGUGAAAUGGGUUUGCGUUGGUAUGCACUGCCUGCGGUGUCCGGAAUGCUGUUCGAUGUGGGUGGCAUUCAAUUCACUGCCACAGCGUUUAGUGGCUGGUACAUGUCCACCGAGAUUGGCUGUCGCAAUUUGUGCGAUAUAAAUCGGCGAAAUAUUUUAGAGACGGUGGCUUUGAAAAUGAACUUGGACACCCGCACACCCACCUCAUUGUGGAAGGACAAGGCUUUGGUGGAAGUCAAUAUUGCGGUGUUGCACUCCUUCCAGAGUCGCAACGUGACCAUUGUGGACCACCAUACGGCCAGUGAGAGUUUUAUGAAACAUUUUGAAAAUGAAUCGAAAUUGCGAAAUGGUUGCCCCGCCGAUUGGAUAUGGAUCGUGCCACCCAUGUCUGGUUCGAUAACACCCGUCUUUCAUCAGGAAAUGUCUCUGUACUAUUUGAAGCCUUCAUUCGAAUAUCAGGAUUCGGCAUGGCGUACACACAUCUGGAAGAAGGGACGUGGCGAAGGCAAAAGCAAGAAACCAAGACGCAAAUUUAAUUUUAAACAAAUUGCCAGGGCUGUGAAGUUUACAUCGAAAUUAUUCGGACGUGCUUUAUCGAAACGUAUCAAAGCCACCGUUCUCUAUGCCACCGAAACGGGAAAAUCCGAGCAAUAUGCCAAACAGUUGUGCGAACUAUUGGGUCAUGCAUUCAAUGCCCAGCUUUGCUGUAUGGCCGAGUACGAUGUAUCUUCGAUUGAACAUGAAGCUCUGCUGAUUGUGGUGGCCUCCACCUUUGGAAAUGGUGACCCACCGGAAAAUGGUGAGCUCUUCUCCCAGGAUUUGUAUGCCAUGAGAGUACAAGAAUCAGCUGAAAGUGGUCAAGAUUCCAGCAUUGUGACGUCAUCAAAAUCCUUUAUGAAGGCAAGUUCAAGGCAGGACUUUAUUAAAUUACCACUGCAGCAAGUAAAGAAAAUUGACCGAUGGGAUUCAUUGAGGGGUUCCACAUCAGACACAUUUACCGAAGAAACCUUUGGGCCAUUGUCGAAUGUAAGAUUUGCCGUUUUUGCUUUGGGUUCCUCAGCCUAUCCAAAUUUUUGUGCAUUUGGUCAAUAUAUUGACAAUGUUCUGGGUGAGUUGGGUGGAGAGCGUCUGCUGAAGGUCACCUAUGGUGAUGAAAUGUGUGGCCAGGAGCAAUCAUUCCGCAAAUGGGCCCCUGAGGUGUUUAAAGUGGCCUGCGAAACAUUUUGCUUGGAUCCCGAUGAAAGUCUGUCGGAGGCCUCCAUGGCUUUGCAAAAUGAUUCGUUGACUGUCAACACAGUACGCUUAGUGCCCGCCAAGACCAAAGGCUCCUUGGAACAAUUACUCAGUAAAUAUCACAACAAGAAGGUUACCUGUUGUCAAAUCAAAUCGAGUCCUCAUAAUCUCACCAACAGUGGCAAUGGUGAAAAGACCACCAUUCUCUUGGAGAUAACAGCACCGGGCAUUGAUUAUGAACCCGGCGAUCAUGUGGGCAUAUUCCCUUCAAAUCGUCCUGAAAUUGUGGAUGGCUUGCUGAAACGUUUGACCGGUUUCGAAGAUCCCGAUGAAUUGUUACAGCUGCAGCUGUUAAAGGAAAAACAAACCUCAAAUGGCAUUUUCAAAUGUUGGGAAUCCCAUGACAAAAUCCCCGCCGAGAGUAUGAGAAGUCUAUUGACGAAAUUUUUCGAUAUCACCACACCACCGACAAGGCAAAUGUUAACCCUGCUUUCGGGAUUUUGUGAAGAUAAUCAUGAUACCGAGCGCCUACAACUGCUGGUCAAUGACUCCUCGGCCUAUGAGGAUUGGAGACAUUGGCGUUUGCCUCAUUUGCUGGAUGUCUUGGAGGAAUUUCCUUCCUGCAAGCCUCCUGCCUCUUUGGUGUUGGCAAAUCUUAUGCCUCUACAAUCGAGAUUCUAUUCUAUAUCCUCUUCGCCACGCAAAGUUAACAACGAAAUUCACCUAACGGUGGCCACCGUCAAAUACCACAGUCAAGAUGGUGAGGGUGAUGAACGUUAUGGUGUCUGCUCCAAUUAUCUGGCCAAUCUCAAUGCCAAAGAUGAUGUCUUUUUAUUUGUGCGCUCAGCUCCCGGUUUCCAUUUACCUUCGGAUGUCACAAAGCCCAUAAUUUUAAUUGGUCCUGGCACGGGUAUAGCACCGUUCCGUUCCUUCUGGCAGGAGUUUGAAAUGAUGCGUGAAAUGAAUGCGGAAUGUCAACUGCCUAGAGUGUGGUUAUUCUUUGGUUGCCGCAGUCACAGUGUGGAUUUGUAUGCCGAGGAGAAGCAACGAUUGGUUAGCGAGAAUAUCUUGGAUCGAGUAUUUUUGGCUUUGUCCAGGGAGCCGAAUAUCAAAAAGACUUAUGUUCAAGAUUUGAUUGAACAGGAAUUCGAUUCAUUGUACAAUUUGAUUGUGGAGCAACGUGGUCACAUCUAUGUGUGCGGUGAUGUGACAAUGGCUGAGCAUGUCUAUCAAACCAUAAGGAAAUGCAUUGCUGCCAAAGAACAAAAACCCGAAGCGGAUGUUGAGACAUUUUUACUAACGUUACGUGAUGAGAAUCGUUACCAUGAGGACAUUUUUGGCAUUACUUUAAGGACCGCCGAAAUACACACCAAAUCAAGGGCCACAGCACGUAUACGAAUGGCAUCACAACCUUAAAUGCCAAGUAUGUCAAGCAAUAUUUAGACUAGGGCAGGGGAAGGAGCAAUUAUUCCCAGUAAAGGACCAGCGGAGAAAAUGCAAAGGACAAAUUUUUUUUUUUUAUUAAAAAGCAAUUCUCAUAAAAACAUAUGAAAAAAUUAACACAGAAAAAAAAUCAACUUAUAUAUAUGUGUAAAAUCUUAAAAACAAAACAGUUGAAUAAUUUUGUUAGUUUUUUUUUCUUAAAAUUUACUCCUCGAAAAAAAAGGUAAACGACAACUUCUAUUUUUAAUACUAAUUGUAUUGUUAAUCGAUCUAAACUCCAUGAAAGAAAACAAAAAAGCAAAAAUUUUUGAAUUAUAUAACUUUUAGCCAACUGGCAACAUCAUAUCACAACACAAAUCAAUUUCAAUAACAUUACCUUACCUUACCUAACUUAAACCAAAGAAGCCCAUGCUUAACAUAAGAUAAGGUUUAGAAACCACUUUUUUGUUUAAAAUAAAAAAUAAAUAAUAAUAAUUAUAUCAUGAAUCUUGUUGUUGUGUAGGUUUUCGAAAAUGUUUAUUAUGCUAAUUAAAAAAAUUAUUGUAAUUAUUACUAUUGUUAUUAUUAUUGCCCACUACCAUGAUAUUGAGGUAGUAUACAAAUUAUCAUUAUUGAAUAUUUUCAAAUUUUUAUUAUUUUUCCUCUUUUUUUUUUGGUUUUUCUUAAAUCAAUGUUAUUUGCUAAUUCGGCAUACGUAUUUACAAUCAUAUCAGCAAAAAAAAAGCAAAAGCAACUCUUAUCGAUAUCAGUAUCUCUAGUAUGAAUUAUGAGAAAGGAAUUGUGAAUCAAAAACACUUUAAAAUAAAUGGAAACCAAAUUUAAAUUAAAUCGCAAA